GGAAGUCACGUUCAAGUAAACACUACGUGAAUGUUUUGGUUAGUGAAUGUAACGCAAAAAAUAAACCACUCGGUUUAAUUUAUUUUUAAAGGUGAGAUGGUAGCAUAGAAGGAAAAUGUCAUUGUACGGAGAGAACGUCCGCUCUCCUUUAGAGCAAGUGUGGAGGCAGUUUGUACCUCAAGGGUAUGAUCAAGCACUACGCAAUGCCUUUUAUAAUGUUGCUGCAGUCAUCUUUGUUGGGGCAGCUGCUGCAGCUGCUUGGUCCGUUUACAAAAUAUUUGAGCCUUUUGUGCAGCCAUUGCUAUGGGCAGUUUUGAUUGGUUCACUACUACAUCCAGCCAAAGAUGCAUUAACACGGUGGACUCAAAACUGGCUUUUAGACGUGAGGGCGUCACAUAGUCUUCUGUCAGUGUCUGUGGCUCUGCUUCCAUUACAUUUUCUUGACACUACAUCUGAAGUUGUUGGCAGAUUUGUUGUGCGGCAUGUGCGGAGUGUUGUGACGGUUACAGUUAUCUUACCACUGUUUUACAUCAUAAUCCAUCACACCCCCACAUUCCUAUCCACUCUUGCCUACACUCUUUGUUCAGCUACCAUGUCAGUGAUCACAGUUAUUGUGUCAGUGGUGACAUAUAAUGGAUAUGUUGUUUUGACAGUAAUCUUUGGAUACCUUGUGGCUGUGAUAUUCUUCUGGUCUUCAGCAACUAGAGAUGUCUUAGGUCGCAUGAGUCUGGCAGUGUGGGUCAUGGCAGCAGCUGGAAUGUCUGGGUUGUGGCCAGCAGGGAGUGUUCCAGUCUUUAUUAUUCUGUGUCUUCUGCUUGUGGCUGGUCUAGUGACUGAAAUCAUGGACGUGUUUUCUGCUAAUAAGGCCGCUAAAGGUGAUGAUGCUAGCAUUAUAGAGGCAGCGUUGUUAGUGUGUUUAGGCAAUGCAUCUGCAAUGGAGACUGUGACUUAUGAAGGGCAAGAGAAGGAGAAAAGAGAAAUGGAAGGUAUAGGAACAGGUGGUUCACUUUCACCUGUUACUGAGGAGGACAGUGUAGAGGAUAUAGGCAACAAGGAGUCUCCCUCUCGGCUCUCAUCAAUCCCGGAAGUAACCACCACAUCUGCUGCUGAGACUGAUGAGGGAGCUACUGAUAAUGACCUGGAUAAGGAAACACAGCAAGAAUCCACAUCAGACUUGGACAAUGGGGACCAAACUCAGCUGCUGAAGGAGGAUGUCUCUGCGUUGCUCUCACCGAAGCAAGAAGAGAAGAUGCACCAGGCGACUGGGCAGAAGCCACAUGCUGAUGAUCCUUACCGGACACCACUGAUGGAGACGCCACGGCCACGACACCUGCUGAGUGGAAAUGUGCCAUCACGUGCGCUGCCUACCCAUGGGCUGGUAAGUCCCGAUGAACGCCCAGGUGAAGAAGAUAAUGGCAGCAACAUGUAUCUGAAGGGUGUGUUGGUAGCAUGUAUCUUGGUGGAGCUUUGGCAGCAUAACUACUUACUGCCUUUGUUACCUUUAGCCAUGAUCUACUAUAUCAUUAAGAAAUUAUCUUCCAAGUAUUUGCUGUGGGGAACUGCCUUGUCUGAUGUAGCGAACAAUGCACGGAACAAAGUCCUGAUGUGGGCUGAGGCCCGAAAGGCAGCUAUCCUGCCCCCACCUGUCAAGGGUGUAAUUAAGCUGCUAGUAAGGACUGAUCACCGCUUAGUUGUAGCCCUCUCAGCUGGUGUGGAUGCCAUUGUAACACUGCUACUCAUAUUAGCUGUCAUCUUUUUUGCUGUCACAGCAUCAAUAUUCCUUGCUGUACAGAUUCAAGGUGAAAGUAUGGCUCUGGUUACUCUAGGCAGCCAGAUGAUCAACUCGACUGUUGUGAACAACCCACAGUUUUUGGAGCUCCUUCCAGAGGGCCUCGGAGAUGUUGUCAGUAAUGCUUUGGACGAAGGUUACCUCUAUGGUCGAGAGUGGAUUGCCAGCAUGCUGAUUGAGGUGGAGGGUUCCUCACACCCAACUAUCAAUGCCACAAAGGUGGUGCGAGGAAUGUUAGGAGAGACUGAUGAUGCAAAAGCUCAACAUCUGGAGAAACAGGUGGUAGAGCUGUGGGACCGUGUGUACCAGGCAUGGGUCUCGGCCCAUCCAACCCCUCCAACCAGCCCUAAGGUAACUUCUGAGGCAGUGGCGCUCUCAUUCGACAGUUUGGUGGAUGGACUGCGUAAGACUUCAGGCCCUGGAGAUGUUUUUUCAAGAACAGGUUUGGUGAGUUUCUCCUUUCUAAGUGAAGUCCUGAAGGAUAACCUUGGGACUGUGGUCAGCGUCCUAGAGUCCGUGUGGACAAUCUUACUUGGCAACUUGAGUCUGGCCGUUUCUGCCUUGACUGCAGCUGCCUCCCUCCUCCUGGGUGGUUCUCUGUCUUUGCUAAAUGCUCUUAUCAGUGUGGUUGUCUUCAUGUCAUCACUCUUCUACGUACUUAGCGCAAGUGGCUCUGUUUACAAACCUGUGGCAGUUCUUGGCAAUCUAGCACCUGGCCAGAUGAACCAGCUCGGAAAAGCAGUUGAAGAUGCCGUAAAUGGUGUUUUUAUUGCAUCUUUAAAAAUGGGAGCAUUUUAUGGAAUGUGGACGUGGUUACUUCACUCACUGUUCUCCACUAAUGUUGUCUACAUUCCAUCAGUGUUAGGAGCCCUGUUUGGUGCUGUACCACUGGUGGGCACUUACUGGGCUGCAUUGCCUGGGGCUUUAGAGCUCUGCUGGAGCCAAGGAUCUCCUACCUUGGCACUGCUUCUCUUUGCUGCACAGCUGCUGCCCAUGUCAUGUGUUGAUACUGCCAUCUAUGCUGACAUUAAAGGAGGUAGUCACCCCUACCUGACAGGCCUGGCAGUAGCUGGUGGCAUAUUCUACUGGGGUGCAGAAGGAGCAAUUCUAGGUCCCUUGCUACUGUGCAUCCUUAAAGUGGCUACCAAUAUCUAUUCUUCACUCAUUCAAUCUCCAGCAGAUAUCACCAGACGUUUUGGUAAACUACGGAGAAGUCUGAGUGACCUGCACUUAUAAGGAGCAAGAAGAACCAAGAAUAGACUGCACCAUCUGCUCUACAAUCUCCAGAUAGAUGCUUCUAGCUUUUAGAAGAGCUUUUGCCAAAGUGUUUGCAAAAUUUGUCAGAUUUAUUCCAAACUUGUGCCUUUUUUGGUAAUGUAAUGCCAUGUGUAAUAUUGUUAUAUUUGAAAUGUUAAAAGCUUAAUAGGCAAGAGAAUUAUUGUAAAUUUUAGCUUUUGAUAUUUAGUUACGUUAUACAGAGAUUCAUGAAGUAUCUCCAUGUCCAUUAGGAUUAUACUAUUUCCUUUUAUAAUCUCAUUUAGAACAUUAAUUAAUGUUACUGUUAAGGUAAAAGGUUGUAAAUCAAAUAUAUAUAUAUUUAUAUUCCAUUUCUUAUUGGAUCUGGGUCUGAACUUCAUAUUUGUUUUUCUUUUUUCCAUAUGUACAUUAUAAUACUUAUAUAAUAAUAGGUAAUCAUUGAUUCACAGAAAUGGUGCUAUUAGUAUGGUCUCUCACAGCUGCAGGUAGUGUUUUUAGUGAUGACAGCUUUAAUUAGUUAUCCAUUCUAUCAGGACAGUAGAAAUGUUGGAAUAACACUUUUUUUUUACAUGUACUUUGAUGAUUCUCAUUCUUAUUCUUUGCAUUAAAGCCAAAGGGAUUGUAAUGGUAAAGUUAAUGGUCCGAAUACAAGUUAUUUUAAUUAUGAAUGAGGGAAAGACUGUGAAAUGUACUUGAAGUUUGUAUUGGGAAGAUAAGAAACUGAAUAAGAGUUACCUUUGUAAUGUUAUAAUAACACAUGUUAAGUGCAGACUCUAAUUCACUAGGGAAUUUCUGGUAGUUGAAAUUUAAUUUUCCAGUCCAUUUCUUUCCUUACCCUUUUUUUAAAACGACAGUUGUACUUUGCUAAACCAUAUUGCUUUAUAUAGACGUUUUCAAAUUAGAAUGAUGAUCCAUCAGUGUCUCAGCUUGCUUUAUAUGAAUAGAUUGUCAUUCUUCUAACUUUGAUAAAUUAGUAUAGUUGUUUGAUCUACAGGAAUCUGCAAAAUGUUUGUUUGUUAAAGGUUGGAGGUUAAACCUAACAAAAUAUCAAGUGAAAUUUAUUUGAUGGAUCUAGUAGUGCUUUUCAAAACUAUUUAGAAUAGUAAGUCAGCCAGGAGCUGUUUCUAAGAAUGGUUUUAUAAGGAGAAAUGUGAUUUACUUUUAGAUGUUCUUGUAAAUUUCACUUGAACCAAUCUAAGGCCAGACUGGGUAGAAGCCCCAGUAAAAAAAACAAGUAUAUGAUUUUACAGAACUUCAUCAUCAUUGCAAGUUCAGGCAAUUGGGGCUGUAAAGAUAUAACUGAAUUUUCAUGUGGCAGUGUGCUAAUUUUAUGACGUGUUGCACACUACAAUCCAUAACAUGGGCCGUUAUGUGUAACAUGUUUAUACCUUCUUUUAUUAUUUCCAAGCAUCCUCUUUAACUCUUGCAUCUCAUAUUUAUUGCAUUUCUUCAUGACAUCUGAUCCUUCACCUUUCUUUUUCUUUAGUUUCAUCUUUCUGCAGCAGCUUCUUUACUUCUUCCUAUUAGGUAUGUAAUGUCAAUUAAAAGUUGAAAUAAGGAGGCUCAUCAUUUUUUCAGCUAUACAGUAAUUCAUCAUAAUCUAUCUGCGUCCAAAGAUCUUUUCUAGGUAUUUUCUGUUCUGACUAGUUAAAGAUAGAAUAGCACUUGUACUUGGAUACUGUUUCACAUAUUUUCAGCAAAUGCAGUCUUAACUGGAUGCUCUCUUUUCAAGUAAAAAAAUUCUCUGACAUGUUCAAUUUUUUAUUAAUGUUCCUCAUGUUUCUUGUGCCUCAUUUUUUUUCUCUGCUGUGAUUUUUGUGCUCCAGAGAUUUUGAGAUUGAAUUUUAAUACAUGCACAAGGAUUGCAGAUAGAACAGCUUUUAUGAAACAUGUUUAUUGGUAGAUGUUACCUACUUUGUAUAUUAUGGUCCAGUGGUAUAAAGGGAACAUUUCCUGUUGUAAAAGGUAUGACUAUGAUGAAAAUGAAUGAAAUUCCUUUUUACUACUUAAGAAGUUUCUGUUUUCAUAACCUAUAUAUAUUUUUUUUUUUUAGUUUUUGUUUUUUCCUGCUAUCCCCUGAUACUAAUCAGUGACCUAAUAACCAGUAAUUUUUUGUUAUGUCCAUAGUAAAGUAUAAAAUCAAACUUUUGCAUGUAUUACUUCCCUUUUUUUAUUCAUUUGUGAGUUGUAUUUCUUUUGGCCUUUUCUAUUACAACCCCUGAACAGUUUUAUCAAAGAUAUUUCCCCCCCACCCAAAAAAAAAAAAAAAAAA